ACGUAAACAUAAGAAGUUAUCAAAAAUCGAAAAGAAAGUUUCAAAACUUUCCAAUUAUCUUUAAUCAAGUUCUACCUCAUAGAUAUAGCUUCAAGAAUACGAAAUAGUCACAGAAAUGCUACGUAAUGUGAGGUUGCUAAAUGCAGUUCAAACCGGGACGAAAUGGCAUCGCCGUUGUUUGAGUUCUUCGGUGACGAAUUCGACGAUUCAGAAACGGAUCUGUAUCGUCGGAGCUGGACCAGCUGGUUUCUAUGCGGCCCAGUAUAUUCUUAAGCAUCUAGAAAAUUCUCAUAUUGACAUCGUAGAAAAGCUUCCGGUUCCGUUUGGUCUGGUUCGAUUCGGAGUAGCUCCAGAUCAUCCCGAGGUAAAAAAUGUUAUCAAUACGUUCACUAAGACCGCCGAGAAUCCUAGAAUUAGAUUUCUAGGAAAUUUGAGCCUGGGGAAGGAUUUCUCUAUCAAUGACCUGAGAGAAAGGUAUCAUGCAGUUCUUUUGACUUACGGUGCAGAUCAGGAUAAAACCUUCGACAUUCCCAACGAGUCGCUUAAGAAUGUGCUCUCGGCUCGCGAAUUUGUGGCCUGGUACAAUGGGCUGCCCGGGUUCGAAAAUUUGAAUCCAGACUUGAGUGGCACCACGCUAACGCUUCUCGGACAGGGUAACGUUGCCGUGGACAUCGCUCGGAUUGUCCUUGCCGGAGUCGAUGAUCUGAAGAAAACUGAUAUCACUGAAUACGCUUUAGAAGCAUUGUCGCGAAGCAAUGUAAAGAAAGUUCUGCUGGUGGGACGACGAGGUCCACUCCAAGCUGCCUUCACUAUUAAAGAACUUAGGGAAAUGUUGAAACUUACGACGUGUUCAACUUGCUGGCGCAGUGAAGAUUUUCAAAGUGUUCAUGGAACACUGUCUGAUCUACCUCGCCCGAGAAAACGCAUCACCGAACUGAUGUUGAAGAGCCUUUCGGAACAGCAACCCCAGAGUACGGGUCGUGCUGAUGGUAUCUUCAGUCCCAUCUUUUUUCGCUCCCCGGUACAAUUUCUGGGCACCGGGCACGUACAGGCAGUGGAGUAUGAGAUUAACAAGCUGGUUGAUAAUCGUGCCGUAUCCACCGGUGAGAAAGAGGUCCUCGAGACUGAUUUGGUUUGCCGUAGCAUCGGUUAUCGGUCUUCAAGUUUGGACAGUACUCUAAAUUUUGAUGAAGCCAAAGGAUGCAUUGCAAAUGUUGGAGGUCGUGUUUUGAAAAAGCAGCUCACAGGUAGCGAUCAAACGAUUGACGAUAUCGAAGACAAGUACGAAAAAGGGUUGUACACCUCCGGUUGGUUAGCAACCGGUCCAACUGGAGUCAUUCUGACCACCAUGAGUAACUCGUUCGGGGUGGCCGACCUUAUCUGCAAGGAUUUUCAUAAUAACAUCAUUCGCGUCAAGGAAACAAAACCGGGCUUGGAUUUGACCGGAAAACGUGUGGUCAGUUGGUCCGGAUGGAAUGCGAUAGAUGCAGAAGAGUGUAGCCGGGGAGCGAAGCGAGACAAACCUAGAGAGAAAAUUAUAAACGUAGAAGAGAUGUUGAAAAUCGCUGAUGGGAAAUAAAAUUUUCCACCUGUUAAAUGUACUAGCUGGCGCUAGGUUUGUAUUAAAGAUUUCAAAAGUUUAUUAUUACGUAUCUUAGGUAUUUAUUAUUUUUAUGUUUAUGGACGGGGGUUUAUUAAAAUUGUAAUGAUAUUAAAAUAAUUUUUAUUAUUUCCGAAACUUCAAAUGCUUAUCGAAAACAUUGAAUAUGAAUGUUAAAACAAAAAUUUACCAAACUCAAUCUUUGUAGCAUUUCAUAAGGCAUCGUUUUGCAUCGCGGCUAUCAUUUCCAAACGUCUUU